AUGCAGAUCUGCAUCGACAUUCAUUACCUAAUUAAAAUCGCAAGCCCCUUCCGCUCGCUACAUUUCUCCAACGCGCUGCCAAUAAAUUUCAUCCGCCAGUCGCCCCAUAACGAUAACCAGUUCCUCGGGAACUAUCGUUCAAUCUGGCGUCGAUGCCGUAUGUUGAUCCGGUCGUGUACCCGCCGCUCUUCGCAGACGGCGCUGUCGAUACCUAUGUAUUAUUUAGUGGCAGCACUAGGGCUCCGCACGCACCGCCGCACCGCCGCGCCGCGCCAGUGUGCGCCACACACCGCCACGCACACACCCGCCGCCGCGAAUGUCUCGGGCCACGUCAGCCCACAGAUAACGAGCUCACAUAUUCAUAAAGAAUAA